UCGCAUCUUGGAUUCGCAUAAACACACUCACUAGUACCGCCGUGGCCACCACCAUCAUCAUCAUCUCCGCAUGUGUGCCGUCAAGUGUUUUAUUAGCUUUCUGCUGGCGCUCUCCAUCUCAUCGCUCCUCUCCCUUCUCCCACACUCCCUCAAUUGUGCAUCUCGCAAAUCGCUGGACGAACUGCAGCUGUUCUGCGAUGGAUUUGUGGCUGUUUCCUCCGAUGGUAAGAUCGACGCUGUUGGCGAAUUGUCGCAAUUGGAGGAGCUAUUACCGAGUGCAGACCAGUAUGAACGGGUGACACUAGCUCCAACUCAAUUUCUACUUCCUGGCCUGAUCGAUGCUCACAUCCACGCACCGCAAGUACCGAACAUUGGCCUUGGGCUCGAUAAACCCUUGCUCGAGUGGCUAGAAUCGUACACCUUCCCGCUGGAGUCCAACUAUCGCGAUCCCGAGUUUGCAGCGCGUGUCUACAAAUACGUGGUGAAUACCACCAUCGCUAAUGGCACGACGACCGCUUGUUAUUUUGCCUCCAUUUAUACGGAAACCAACAAAAUUCUUGUCGACGAGAUGCUACGCCAGGGACAGCGAGGCUUCGUUGGCAAGGUAUCAUCGAACCGGAUGUGCCCAGAGUUUUAUGUGGAAUACGAUACCGAAACCUCGGUAAAGGACAAUGUGGAUUUUAUUCGGUACGUGCUGGACAAAAAAAGUGAUCUGGUGCAGCCCAUAGUGACGCCCCGGUUUGCCAUUACCUGUGACGAUGGGUUGCUGCGUGAACUGGCCGGUCUGGCCCGUACCUACAAUCUCCACAUACAGACGCACGUAUCGGAGAAUCUCGGAGAAAUAGCCACGGUGAAGGAACAGUUUCCGCAGGCACCACACUACACCGGAGUUUACGAUGAGGUGGGCCUGUUGACGAACCGUACCGUGCUGGCACACGGUGUUCAUCUUGAGCAGGAUGAGCUGACAGUGCUGGCGGAACGGGGCACCUCGAUCGCACACUGCCCGAGCUCGAACACUAAUCUCGGUUCCGGAUUCUGUGACGUGCGACGGUUGCUCAGUGCGAACGUAAAGGUUGGCCUUGGAACGGACGUGUCCGGUGGUAGUGAAGCUUCCAUCCUGGCCGUGAUGCGAUCCGCCUUGGCCGUGUCGCAGCAUUUAAAUUUUAUGAAAACCCAGAACGUACUAGGUACGGGCCGGGUUGCAUCAUCCGGCGAGGGAAAGCAGCAAAGCUACAUUCCACUUACUUAUAAGCAGGCCCUCUUCUUGGCCACCCUCGGUGGAGCACAAGCUCUAGCGAUUGACGAUAAAGUGGGCAACUUUACGGUUGGGAAGCAUUUCGAUGCCCUAGUGAUCGAUACGGAACUGGCACCGAUCGGUGGGAACCGUUUGCCGGAAGCGUUAACGAAAGAGAAAAGCAACGAGCAGCAACUGCUCGAGCAGGUUCAGAAGUUUGUCUACGUUGGAGAUGACCGCAACAUUGUGCAAGUCAAAGAUUAUGAGCAAAUGCGUGAGGCCAUCCUGAAGGCAGAAUAUCAGUAUGGCCUCGGAGGAAAGGUGUUCCUUAGCCCCGAAGAACAGCACGCCGAUCAGGUGCUGGUGGAGAUGAAAAAACGUGAAUUACAAUCAGCACCCGGUGUCCCGCUACCUUCUGCAAUGCAUUUCUACGAAGCGAAACCCUUGAUCGAUGCUAGUGUUAUGUACAAGGUCCUAAAAACCAUGCCGAAAGGGGCCGUCCUGCACCUGCAUAACUCUGCCGCGGUGUCCUCGAGUUGGAUAAUUCAGAAUUUAACCUAUCGAGCCGAGGCUAAGCUAUGUACUCACAACGGUCGGCACUUCUUCACCGUCAGACCGCAGCACUUCUGUCCGACGAAUCAGACGCGGUCGAUCAACGAAAUGCGCAAGGAAUGGGCCGAUGGUCCCGGUAGUUUCGAUCGUUGGCUGGAAGCCAACAUUAAUUUGAAGCUGAAGCCCCAGAAACCCUCGGCUACGGUUGACGAUAUUUGGAAAGACUUUGAAAGCUGUUUCGAGGCGAUGAAAGGAUUCCUUCAGUACAAACCGUUCUUCGAAGCGUACCAUCGGCGUUUGUUUCACGAGUUUCAUCGGGAUAAUGUGUGUUACCUCGAGCUACGCGUGUCCGUUGGCCGCCUGAUCGAUGCCGACGGCAAGGAGUAUGGACCGGUUGAGGUGGGUUACAUCCUGUACCGGCUGGUGACUGAAUACCGUCGACAGAAUCCAUCGUUUCAUGGUGUGAAGCUUAUCGUGGCGAAGCAUAGAAACAUGACCGAUGACGAGCUGGCCAAUGCGCUAAAACUCUACGAAAAUUUAAGCACAACCUUACGAGGGUUUGUCGUCGGAUUCGAUCUCGUUGGGCAAGAGGAUCCACAGCGAUCGUUGAAAUCGUUUGCUGCAACCCUUUUACGGUCAUCGUCCCAUGACAGUCCUCCUAGAUACUUUUUCCACGCUGGCGAAAGCGUAAGCUACUACACGGAAGCGGAUCAAAACUUGGUCGAUGCGAUCCUGCUCGACACUAGGCGCAUUGGGCAUGGUUAUUCACUGCUUAAACAUCCCAUCCUGUGGCAUGCCGUUCGCCGGAAGCAGAUAGUGCUGGAGGUGUGCCCCAUCUCGAACCAGGUGCUCGGUCUGGUGCGCGAUUUAAGGAACCAUCCCGGCAGUUUCUACGCCACCCAGAACAUUCCAAUGGUCAUAGCUAGUGAUGAUCCGGGGUUUUGGGAUGCGGUUGGUGUAACCUACGACUAUUACUACGCCUUCAUGGCCAUGGCACCGUCGGCUGGGCUGGGAUUUCUGAAGCAGCUCGUCUGGGACUCGAUCAAGUACAGCGCUAUCAGUGGUGAGGAACGGCAAAACAUCACCACAACACUGGAGCACCAAUGGCAUGAAUUUGUGCAGGGGCUAAUCAAUGGAUCCGCCACCGCCGCCGCCGCCGCUCAUCGAUAG